GUCCGCUGGUGCCAGGCCACGCACCACUGGCUGCCCCACGUCGCACCUUAUCGGGCUCAGCGGGUCUGCUUGCCACGGCCGCCGCCUUCCAGGGCACCAGAUGGCCUCGGAAGGCCUGGAGGGGGAGUUGGCGGCGGUGCUGGGGGGCCAGGGGCUGUGCGUGCACAGCUGUGACUCGGAGCCGGCAGGGGAGCUUCUGGCACCUGUGCGGCUACGGAGGAACGUCUGCUACGUAGUCCUGGCCGUGUGUCUCAACGAGCAGGAUGAGGUGCUGCUGAUCCAGGAGGCCAAGAAAGAGUGCCGUGGGUCGUGGUACCUGCCGGCAGGGAGAAUGGAGCCUGGGGAGACCAUCGUGGAGGCGCUGCAGCGGGAGGUGAAGGAGGAGGCUGGGCUGCACUGCGAGCCUCUGACGUUGCUGUCUGUGGAGGAGCGGGGCCCCUCCUGGAUCCGCUUCGCAUUCCUUGCUCGCCCCACAGGUGGAGUUCUCAAGACUUCCAAAGAGGCAGAUGCAGAGUCCCUACAGGCUGGCUGGUACCCAAGAACCUCCCUGCCCACUCCGCUGCGAGCCCAUGACAUUCUGCACCUGGUGGAGCUGGCCGCCCAGUACCGCCAUCAGGCCAGGCACCCUCUCAUUCUGCCCCAAGAGCUUCCCUGCAGUCUGGUCUGUCAGCGGCUCGUGGCCACCUUUACCAGUGUCCACACCGUGUGGGUAUUGGUGGGCACAGAGCGGGUGCCUCACUUGCCCAUUACUGCCUGUGGCUUCACCCCCACGGAGCAGAGGGGUGGCAUCAAAGUGGCCAUCUUGCGGCUGCUGCAGGAGUGUCUGACUCUGCACCACUUGGUGGUGGAGAUCAAGGGGUUGCUUGGACUACAGCACCUGGGCAAGGACCACACGGAUGGCGUCUGCCUGAAUGUGCUGGUGGCAGUGGCUUUUCGGAACCCAGGUAUCCAAAAUGAGCCCCCGAAGGUUCGGGGUGAGAACUUCUCUUGGUGGAAAGUGAUGGAGGAAGGCCUACAAAGCCAGCUCUUACAGAGGCUUCAGGAAACGUCUGUCAUCCCAGUCAACAGAUAGGAAGGUGCCAUCAGCGGGUAAGGAGCUGGCUGUCUGCUCCCUCCACUGUGGCUUCACCUCCCUGAGGGAGGCAGGAGGCUGGCAACUAGGGGUCCCCCUGCAAACAGGAGAAGUCUUCCCAGGGGGACUUCCAUCUCUCCUCGCCAUGGGGCAUGUCCCUACAUUGCACCAAAAGGGACAGUGCCUUUACCAGGCAAGGAGUCCAGAGCUCAAGGACCCAGUUGUCCUGAGGCACAAUAAGGGCACUGCUCCCUAAGGGAUGUGAGAACUUUGUGGACGUGAGACAACAUCUCAUCAUUUUUGGUGCCAGAUUCUCAGGCACCUAGAACAUGGAAGGAGUGCUGGGGGAGGUCACUCCACGGGAAUGGGCCCCUUGCCGAGUUAAAUAGGUUAUUGCUUACUUUGCCUUCUGUCCUACAUGUCUCUGUGGGGAGAAAGUGGGCAGGAAGGGGCAGGGGACUCCCCUCAGAAGAGAAGCUCCUGCCCUUGUCCCACCGACAGCCACCCAGGCCAUCCCAGACAGCAAGCUGACACUGCAGGGGCCAGCCUGCUGGGUGCUGGGGCCUGGGCAGGCAGGCAGGCUCCUACUGUGCUGUUCACUGCAGCCUGUCUCCGGCCCACUGAGAACCUCUUCAACUUGCCUGCCUGUGUAGAAUGUGACCGAAUCCCCUCCAGGUUUUGAGCAGUGAAAACACCAGGGAAGCUUCAAGUAGGCCAGGACUCAAAAGAGCUGCCCUGCCUAGGUUUCAUUCUGUUUGAGCUGAUCCCUCCCAGUCACACUGCUGGGCCCUGGCUCUUGCCUCUGCCCUUUUAUAACUCCAGCUCAAACCCAACCCAACCCAACCCCUUUAUUUCCCCUUAGCCCAGCCAAAUUAUCCUGUGUGCUCCUCACUGCCUCUCAAAUCCCGAUCUCUGACUCUGAGCUGGGAAACACGUGAUGGGCUUCCCUUCUGAAGUAACUACACUCUGGCACUGAAGGGAAGGACCGGGACCCUCAGAGCCGCCCCCCCAUCCCAGUGCCCCCCACCCCAACCCAGGCCUCUCCUGGCUGCCAUCCUCCUUCUGGUCUCCAGACUGUGGUAGGAGUCCUCCUGUCUCCCUGGAGGACUAGUGUCCCCCAAAUGGUAGAACCAAACCCUUUCACUAUGGCUCACUUCUCUCGGUAUGAGGGAUGCCCCAGUCCACAGCCACGUCCAUGGGCAGUGAUCUUUGCUCCCAGUAUUUAGCCUAUGGUAGUUUUGAACCCUGAGUGCCCAUCAGGUUCACCCGGAGAGGAUGAAGAAUUCUGAGCCACCCCCAGAUGGGGUGGGGGGUGGGGCUAGGACACUGGUCAUUUAAAAAGCCACCCAAUUAAUGAACAUGCACUGAGGAGGGGCACACUGACCAGCCCUCUCAGGCCUUUUGCUUUCCUUGUCCUGGUGCACAUGGUGACUCCCGCAGAGGAUCCACGACACUCACACGUUUAGGGGCAAGUCUUACACCAGCAGGCCCACUGUCCACCGCUAAAGCAGUCACACAACGCACAGCCUAAGCACCUGACGUGAGACCCGCACACAGAUGCUGCAGACGGCUGGCUCCCUCGCCAUGUCUUGAGGUGAGCCAGCCCUCGGUCAUGGGCAAGCAGAGCAGAAACAGUGUUGCCCGGCCAAGAGAGGCCGUUCCUGGCAGGCGCCGAGGAAGGGCAGACGUGUACUGCCAGAGCCUGUCUGUUUACCACCCUCCCCCUCCACUCCAGUGCUGAAAAAGGAACUUAAUU